AUGGCAACAUUCAACGUCAACCAAUCAAAUUAUUCCGUGUCAAAUGAGAACCUCUUGUGGAAGGAAAAUGAAAACAUGGCCAAGACUCUCAUCCCCGCCAUGGCGUUUGUAGGAGUCAUAAUGGUGAUCGGAUUCUUUGGAAACUUUUUAGUAUGCUACAUAUUCACAAGAAGGAUUCCUUUGUCUGUCAACACUUUUCUUCUGGUUAUUCUCGCAGCCUUGGAUCUGGUGAAUUGUACAUUGAACAUGCCGUUUGAAAUAAUAGACCUGCGAUAUUUCUACGUUUUUGAAAGUGAUAUUGCGUGUAAAAUUUUUCGCUUUCUUGUAGCAUUUCCCAAUAUCGACUCGACAUUUGUUUUGUUGAUCAUAACAGUCGACAGAUACAAACGGGUGUGUAGGCCAAUGUCAAUUCAAAUGACGUUUAAAGAUGCUAGGAAGUAUGUUGCCAUAGCAACUGCUGCUGCAAUCCUCCUGUCCUUGCCGGCUGUGUUGAUAUAUGGAACAGAAACAGUGAAAACAAGCAUGAAGGAACUGUAUGGUCAAGACUGUAAAUCUACUGACAAAAUUACGGGCACAGCAUUCCGGUUUUUUUACCAGGUAGCUAUCGGACUAGGUGCAAUGCUUAUCUCCGCGGUAUUAUGUUAUAUUUAUGUCCACAUCUGGAGAGAAAUACGGACACAUGAAAUAAACAUUCGGAAGAAAACCCAAUUCGUCCUAAUGGAUACGAGUAAUUCAACCAAACAUAGCACCACAGGUCCAAGCCCAGGCCAUCAAAGUGAAGAUAUACCAAACGAGAUUAAGGGGAGACCAACCAGCAGAAAACGAAUAACCUUCAUUGCUUUUACCGUGACAUCCGUCUUCAUCAGUCGAAGUGUCCCCGAGCCCAAAUGGCCUCUUGAUGGACUGCUGAGUAGAAUCCUGAUCCGGUUCUAUUACCUUAAUUCUAUGACAAACCCCUUUGUCUACGGGUUUAUGAGCAAGAGGUUCCGACGUGAGUGUUUUAAAGUAUUUGUUCCAAAAUGUCUCGUCUGUUACGAUCCUACACUAGAAAAUACUAGAGCACGUGGUUUCUAAAACAGCGUAUAUGAUGGGUCCACUUUUGUGAGGGCAAAGGUCAGUCAUCACAUGUGAUUUCAACAAUUUGUGAGACUCAAUAUUUAACACAUUUAAUCAACCAUUAUAACU